UCGGUAAUUGCGGAAGCUAACCGGAAGUGCAUCCUGUUAGCGGCACCAUCUGUAUAAAGGUACUUUUUUUUUCUUAACUAAUCGAACACUCCCUUAGUCAAUGGCCACAUUUUUUGGCGAGGUUUUGUCUGUUUACUCUCGGGCUGUGGAGGAAGACGAUGAAGAGGAUCUUGAAGAGGACGACGAAGAUGUCCAGAUUCGCAAAGAACUCGAGGAAAAGAGGGAGGUUCAUCUCCAUUGGGGUCCCGAGGUGUGUGAUGUCCUCAAGUCCGGAAACAAGCUGCCGUGCUCUCUUUUCAUCCUCGCCGUGGGACACAACGCUUCCCGAUUUCUCUCAGUGUACGUUCUCGCUUCGGACAUGUGGGACACCGUGGGACACGCGUCCAUGUGGAAUGAGAGGAGCCGGGCGGGAAGCGGCGACCGGUCGUCUUGCGUCUUCUACCGACACAAAGACGAGCCGUCUAUUCUAAUUUGCCAGUUGACAUGCUACGUUGCAGAAGAUCAGCAGUUCCAAUGGGCAGAAAAGGUGUUGGGCUCCCUGCAGCACCGAGACCUGAAUGUGACAGUCCUGUCCGACAGCUCCGUGGCCGACUACAAGAGCGCCGACUACCUUUGCGGCAGCUCGGCGCCCUUCUUGCGCUCCCUGCACACCGACGCCUUUAGCGGGCCGUCUGUGUGCCCGGCCCUGGAGCAGCCCAACAUACUCGCUGGACUUCCAGCUGCAGUGCUAAACCACUGCCAAGUCCACCGCAUCCCUGCCAUCGUCUACCAGUGCUUCAGCGACGUCAUUGGCGCCGACUCGGUCACCAUGGAGGCCCACAAGCCGGUGCUCGCCAAUCUAGGAAAAUCCAUAAAGUUGAAUCCAAGUCCAAGCUCAGAUGCCCUGCACAAGAUUGUCAGAAGCAGAGACCCUCAGAGUAACAUGUACAUCUGAAACUCGUUGUGCCAAAAUACUGACCCAUUUUUUUAAAUAAAUAAAAAAACGUGAACAAAAUGUA